AACAAGUGCCACAACAACACCACAACGCGAGAAAUAUGGCAAAGGCACGCGCGCAGGUACAGCGACAUCAAGACCACAUAGAGGUCCACCAGGAUGACGUGAAAGAGGAGGACCCAGAGGAGUUAUUAGAUGAAAGCGCCGACCCGCUCGAGGAAAGCGGGCGCACCGUGGACACGAGCGACGAAGAGAUAGACGACUCUGUCGCUGAGGAGAUUUCACGUUUUGAGGACAGCUUCGCGGGCAUUAACAAGCGGUACCGACUAAUCAAUCGCAUCGGAGAAGGUACCUUCUCGACCGUCUACAAGGCGGAGGACUUAGAGUACAACAGCUACGACAACCGAUGGGAUAUCGAUGAACGAGAGCACCGCAAGUGGGCGUCACCUUCCAGUCGAAGGCGCUCCUCCCGCCGACCCCACUACGUCGCCAUCAAGAAGAUCUAUGUCACCAGCAGUCCCAUACGCAUCUUCAACGAGCUAGAACUACUCCACGACCUGAAGAACUCCGACUUAGUUUGUCCGCUGAUCACCGCAUUCCGUCACCAGGACCAGGUCGUUGCCGUCCUUCCGUACUUUCAACACGCGGACUUUCGCGACUACUACCGCGACAUGAAGAUAUCAGAGAUGCGCCUCUAUAUGAAGAGCCUGCUCACCGCCCUACGAUCAACGCAUAUGAAGAAGAUCCUCCAUCGCGACGUCAAGCCAACCAACUUCCUCUACAAUCCUCAGCAGGCGCGCGGAGUGCUUGUCGACUUUGGUCUCGCGGAGCGGGAAGGUACAGACUGGCACCAGUGCGCUUGUGCCCUAUCGUCUGAAGAACGACGAUACAGGAUUGCUCACAGCGUUUAUGCGCAGAGCCAGCAAGCCGGACACCAGACAUCCAGUUACCCAAAGAACGAUACGCGAAACAGCCGUCGCGCAAACCGAGCGGGUACUCGUGGCUUCCGCGCCCCAGAGGUGCUCCUCAAGUGCACUCAGCAAACUUGCUCGAUUGACAUGUGGAGCGUUGGUGUCAUCCUACUAACAUUGUUAACGCGCCGCUUCCCUUUCUUCCACAGCGCCGAUGACAUCGACGCGUUGCUGGAAAUCACUACUAUCUUCGGUCGGAAGAGGAUGAAGGAGACGGCCAUCCUGCACGGCCAAGUUUUCGAGACGAACAUUCCAAGCUAUAGCGAGCACGGUCACAGCCUGGAGAAGAUCAUCCUCUGGUGCACCGGCCGUACCGGCGAUAAGUCAGGACCCAAGAAAGAGCUAGACGAGGAAGAGAAGGAAGCCGUGCAAUUCCUGUACCGCCUCAUGGAGUGCGAUCCCAUGAAGCGAAUCACUGCCGACGAGGCUCUCCAGCACCAAUUUAUCACCAAAGCGUAUGAGGAUAGCGAGGCGGAGGACGAAAUGGUUGACCUCGUGGAGGUCUGAGUUGUUGUACGAUAACGACGCGAUGCGGCAUGACUUCAGCACGUUCAGCAGCAUAGGCAGGCGUAUGGUUUGGAAGGAAGCAUGCUAUCUGGUGUUCACUUCUAGGGUCCCUGCAUUUAUGGGUGAAUGGCCGACCGAUUUGUUACUGCGAUACCCUUCAGCUUUGUAUGACAUAGACACGUUCGGAGCAUUACUUCCAAAGGUGGAGAAUUAUUUACAGUCGGAUAUGAUAUCUAUACCGCACAAAUGUUGACCUCGGGGGCUUUAUCAUACAAUGGCGCGCCCUCAUCUCUGCGGACCUCCAAUGAUGCUACGUUAUACAUGGCGUAUCCUACACAAGAACCCAGAUAUCUCGCAAUUUUGAGCAUAAGCUCACGCCGUCUGUACACUCGCCUCCCUAACUUUCUUCUCCGCGCCCCUCUCCUCCUUCGUCU